AGUUGAUUUAUACUACUUUACUAUUAUCAUCCCCAGAAAAAAGAAGAAUCUAAUGCCUUCAUGGUUAUGUUUAAAUGCAGGUAUAUAUGUGCCUUAACAAAUGCAGAAACAUAAGCAAUUUCUAGUUUUUCCUACAUUUCUCGCUCUUUCUUAGAGUUACAGACUUUCAUAUUACAAUCCCAUCAGAAAAAAUUAUGACAAAUGUGGUUGAGUUGAAGGUGGGACUGCAUUGUGAUGAAUGCAUAAAGAAGAUAUUGAAGGCCAUCAAAAAGAUUCAAGAUAUUGAAACCUACAACAUCGAUACACAGCUUAACAAAGUCACAGUAACGGGAAAUGUUACCGAGGAGGAGGUGAUACGAGUGAUCCAUAAAAUUGGAAAGACAGCAACCACUUGGGAUGACCGCCAACAAUCAAACAGUGUGGCAUCAGGGUAUAUGUGAUCUUAUUUCUGCAAUUUCUGGAGUUAUCUGAAAUUUUCGUCCUACAUCUCAUAGCAUAUGAAGAUUUAUAUAGUAAUAUCGUUGUAUACAGUAUAAGCAGUUGAUUUUAGAAUGUAGCUACAUUGUUUUCAACCUGUAAUUCAACACACUUCUCUCUGUUGAUGUUCAA